AUGGUACCCAGCCAUGAACCAGAAAUUGGAAAAAGUUUUUAUAGGAUACCACGUUUAUCUGGGCUAAUUGUGGGCAUUUGGCCAGUGAAAAGGCGCAGCUGCACCAUGAAUCUGAUCUGUGCGUUUAGUUUCUGUGUCGUCUUGAUCGGUGCUUGUGGAGAGAAUCUCUAUGGUUGUGCUAAUUUGGAUAUUUUGGUAAGAGCAUUGGAAGCUUUCUGUCCGGGCAGCACCAAGGCCGUUUGUGUGCUCAAGUUGUCUAUAUUCUUGAUGCACCAUCGUCAGUGGUUCGAACUCGUCGAGCGACUGCGUGCUACAUUGUACAGUAACCGCAGCUAUGAGGCGCAGAAACUGCUAGUUGGUAUAUCCACAGUAGCAAAUCGACUUAGUCUUCUGUUGCUUAGUUCCGGCUCGCUAACCAACAUGGCCUUCAAUGUUCAGCCUUUAAUAAUGGCCUUAUACCGCUGGAUUUACGAAUUACCCGGUCAAGUGGAGCUGCCAUUUAAUAUACUACUACCUGAAUUUGCGACACAGCCUGCUUCAUUUCCACUCACCUAUUUGCUGCUGACAGCUUCUGGUGCCUGCACCGUGUUCACCUUUAGCUUCGUAGAUGGAUUCUUUCUGUGCAGCUGCUUGUACAUAAGCGGAGUAUUUCGCGUGAUACAGCAGGAUAUUCGUUCUAUUUUUGUUCCCCUGGAUGGGUUGGAGAUAUACACUCCUUUAGCAAACGCUCGCAUGCGGGGUCAGCUGGUCGGGAUUAUAAAGCGUCAUAAUGCAAUUAUCGACUUGUGUACAGAUCUCACGAGGCAGUUUACCGUUAUCGUGAUGAUGCACUUCCUGUCCGCAGCUUUUGUACUCUGCUCAACUAUCUUGGAUAUUAUGUUGAACACCUCCUCGUUAAGCGGCUUAACCUACAUCUGCUACAGCGUGGCAGCCCUGACGCAACUCUUUCUCUAUUGCUACGGCAGCAAUCAUGUCAGCGAAAGUAGCUUGUCUGUGGCUGGGACGCUCUAUGACGUUGCAUGGUACAAAUGCGAUGUGAGGACUAGAAAAAUGAUCUUAAUGAUCUUGCGGCGCUCGCAGCGGGAGAAAACAAUUGCCGUGCCGUUCUUUACCCCUUCGCUGCCCGCCUUCAGUUCGAUACUUAGCACAACCGGCUCUUAUAUAGCGCUACUGAAAACGUUUCUGUGA